AUGGACAAAGUAGGGAGAAGAGGACAUAGAGGGAGUCGUGGUGUUACCGAGGAUAGAGAUGUCAAGUUAUCCAAAUCGUUAUCCUAUGCGCUGCGCCAUGGAGCCAAUCAGAUGGGUCUACAGUUACAUUCAGAUGGCUAUGUGUUUGUGGAGGACAUCCUGGCUCACCCACAGUUCAGGUCAUACAAACUGGAGGAUAUUGAGAGAGUGGUGGCCCAAAAUGACAAACAGCGUUUUAAGCUUAGUCCUCACCCGGAAAAUUGCCGCUUGCAGAUUCGAGCCAAUCAGGGACACACAGUGCAGUUAACGGAUUUGGAGCUUAAGCCAGUGUUGGUUGGUUCUCCCGACUGUCCUGUUGAGGCUGUUCACGGCACCUACAUGCGGAACUGGAGCUCCAUCAAGCAGCAGGGGUUGAGUCGUAUGAGGAGGAUGCACAUUCAUCUGGCCCCAGGCUUUCCUCAGGAAGAUGGCGUAAUAAGUGGAAUGAGAAGAGACUGUGAUCUCGCUAUUUUUAUCAAUGUACCCAAAGCUCUAGCUGAUGGAAUUGAGUUCUUUUGGUCAGAGAACCAUGUUUUGUUGACAUCAGGAAACGUAGAGGGAAAACUACCUCCGGAGUACUUCAGUCAAGCCUUACGACUCAAGCCUACAAGGAGUAUCCUGCCAAUGUGA